GGGAAGGUAAUGCACUGGAGGGGGCCAGGGACACAAAGGGUCCCCCUAAAUAGGAUUAAAUGAUAGGCCAAGAAGAGGAAUAUAAAGACGGCUGUGGUGGCUGGUGCAGGAUCCGCUAGAGGCGUGAACCCACACUAGCCUCCUGUGCACCUUGGCUGCGGCUUAUGCCUCGCACAACUCUGAACAGGGCAAAUGGGAAUGAAGAGAGAGCCACAGCAAAUCACCGAGGUCUGGGAGGUCAGGAAGAGAUUGAGGCAAAUCCCGCAUAAAGAUUUUUCAGACAUUCUUCCUCAACUUGGGGGUGGGAAUACGAGGGAAUACAUUGUUUUCAUCCGGACUGAAGCGGCUUUCUGCAACCCAGAUCACGUAUACCCCUAUCAGGGUGCAGAGCAAACCAGUCUUGAAAGUGAAGCCACCCCAGGAGUAGAGCUACUGACCACGGCCCCCACUGGCGGAGCACAUAAGGUAACUUCGAAAGGACACUCCUUCCCUGCAAGGCUCCACCUCUUGCUCCUGCGCAGGCGUAGCACACUUCCCCCGCCCCUAGUUGCGCGUGCAUCUGGCGCCUGACGUAAGUACGUCGACGCCAUUUUAGCCGGUCCCACUCCGCACUGGGCGUGGCGGCCAUUUUGUUUGGAAACCGAGCGGGAGUUGGUGGCGGCAGGUGUGGUGACAUAGGCAAAAGCAGAAAAAAGGCAGGCCGGGCAAGUAGGCGGAUCGGCCGGUUAGGCACCGUAGCCUACAACAAACGAACCUCGCAAUCUACCGCUUACGCAUCUAACCAACCGCCCACCUAGUUCACCCGAGUCUCUCCACCGUCAACUCGGGUUUGGCCGGUCCCCGGCCCGCCUGCCGCAGCCGUGGUGGCAGCCCCGGGAGGAGCACUGGCGUCCGUUUCCUUCGAUUCUCGGGAUUUGAAGAUGGCUGCACAGUCAGCGCCGAAAGUUGUGCUAAAAAGCACCACCAAGAUGUCUCUAAAUGAGCGCUUUACUAAUAUGCUGAAGAACAAACAGCCGAUGCCAGUGAAUAUUCGGGCUUCGAUGCAGCAACAACAGCAGCUAGCCAGUGCCAGAAACAGAAGACUGGCCCAGCAGAUGGAGAAUAGACCCUCUGUCCAGGCAGCAUUAAAACUUAAGCAGACUUUAUAUGCAAGUCCGGACAGUGGCUGUGGAAGGAUAUGUCCAAGCUGUGGCUGGGCGUCUGGAGGGCGAUGCCAUGCAACUAAGAGCUUAAAGCAGCGCCUGGGUAAGAGUAAUAUCCAGGCACGGUUAGGCCGACCCAUAGGGGCCUUGGCCAGGGGAGCAAUUGGAGGACGAGGCCUGCCCAUAAUCCAGAGAGGCUUGCCCAGAGGAGGACUACGUGGGGGACGUGCCACCAGAACCCUACUUAGGGGCGGGAUGUCGCUCCGAGGUCAAAACCUGCUCCGAGGUGGACGAGCCGUAGCUCCCCGAAUGGGCUUAAGAAGAGGUGGUGUUCGAGGUCGUGGAGGUCCUGGGAGAGGGGGCCUAGGGCGUGGAGCUAUGGGUCGUGGCGGAAUCGGUGGUAGAGGUCGGGGUGUGAUAGGUCGGGGAAGAGGGGGCUUUGGAGGCCGAGGCCGUGGCCGUGGACGAGGGAGAGGUGCCCUUACUCGCCCUGUAUUGACCAAGGAACAGCUAGACAACCAGUUGGAUGCAUACAUGUCGAAAACUAAAGGACACCUGGAUGCUGAGUUGGAUGCCUACAUGGCGCAGACAGAUCCAGAAACCAAUGAUUAGAGUCUGCCUUGCCUGCCUGACCUCCUGUGAGAGACUGUUAAAGUCACCACAUCUGUAAAUAACCUUGAGAUAACAGACAAGAGGAAACCUGAUUUAUGCUGGAAGGACCUAUCAUGAUAGGCUGUGGACUUACCUGCCACCAGUUUGUGCAUUUAGUGUGUUUUACUUUUUGAUACUGUGUUAUAUGAGACCCUUUUUUCCUUUGA